AUGCUUCACGUUCUCACUUAUGUCACACUGAGAGGCCUCGUCAUCGACCCGGCGAACACUGCCGUGAAGGUCAAGCUUCACUGGGUCCCGUACGACGUCCCGAAUUGCCAGGUGAAAAAGGAGCUGGAGCGUUAUGGCAAGGUCUCCGAGAUCACCAGAGACCUCUUCCGGGAAAGGGGAUUUGAGGCCGUUGAAUCCAACACCCGUAGUGUACGCCUGACCCUCAGAGAAGCCUACACCAUCGACAGCCUACCCCACGAGCUUCGCCUGGAAGGGUGUAAGGUGCUCGCUGUAGUGCCAGGACGCGGGCCACUCUGCCUUCGGUGUCGUCGUACGGGACACAUUCGCCGGGACUGCCGUGUUCCCCGCUGCGCGGACUGUCACCGUUAUGGCCACGAGACAGCGGACUGCAUCAGGACCUAUGCCACAAUGGCCCGUGACCGCAAGGCAGGAGACCAGACAGACUACAUGAUGGACGACACCGAAGCGGAGGAGGCAGUCAGUGCGUCCGCGCCGGCCGUGCCUCAUCCAUUUAAGGGAGCGACGUCGGACGACCCAGAGGCUGUCCGACUCCCUGUCCCUGAAGCGCAAACGAGUGCUCCUGAGACAACUAUGCAAGGCGCAGAAGGAACGGGUGAGAAAGCUAAGAAGACACCUGACGCAAGAGCACCGAGCGACGGCAACGACGGCAGCGGAAGUCAAGGCCCCGCGGUUCCGGUGCCAACCGUUGACGCCGAGAUGAUCCAGGUUGUCAAGCGAAUGAGGGACUCAACGCCAUCCAUGGAAGACACCGAAGUAGAAGGGACCGGCACGACGACGGAACACAAGCCUAGAUUGAAAAAGAUUCGUGUCCAGGUCAAGCCUCGUAACUCGCCUGAUGACCGUCGGAAAGGCAAACCACAGUGA